CUUCGCCUCCACCGCACCGCACACUCCACCACUCCGCCUCUCCGCCUCUUCGCCUAUCCGCCGCCGGUCAGAUCCAUCCCCGCCGCUGCGUCGCCGCGUCGCCGAGUCUCAGGUGACCAUGGACAGGUACGAGCUGGUCGAUAUUAGCUCGGAUGACGAAGAGGUUGUUGCUGCCCGAGCUGCUUGCUAGGAAGCAGCAGCUGCUGCUAAGGCUAGGCGGCGCGCCAAGAAAGAGGCUGCUAAGGCUAGGGAAGCAGCAGCUGCUGCUGCCGCCGCCGCUGCCAACAAGAUAGUUAUGCGUCGAGGUCCCAAGAUAACUGGCAAUGCCUCUUUUGAUAAGUGUUGUGUGUAUGGCAACAAGGUUGGUUUGAAACGUUGCCAGGUGCAAUUCCUGCAGCAACUUGCAAGGAUGAGACCCUCAAUAAAAGUGUUUGUAUGCACUAUGACGGCAGCCCACACUGAGAAGCCAAAAGCUAAAAUGUAUUUCCCAAGGAAGUUCAGCCUCUACAUCAAGAAGUACUUGGACUUGCCUGCCAAGUUGGAGGUCUACUGCCAGGCCCCUAAACCCAUUGUGGUCACAAUGAUUAUGGGCAAAGGGAAGGGCGCCGGAGCUCAGAUUACAAGCAAGUGGUCCAAGGUGGUGAAGGCGGCUGGGAUGCAAAGCGGCGAUGUCUUCAUGUUCCGCUUCCGUCGUAGUGCUCGUGUUGGACUUAAGUUGGCCAUUACGAAGGUCAUGUAACUACUUCAGUGCUAGGUUGUUGUUGGUGUUGGUCGUCCUGUAGUUAUGCUAUGAACAUGGAUGGUUGCUGUUAGUGCUUGACUGCUUUUGUGAAGAUGGAUGGUUGCUGUUAGUGCUUGACUGCUUUUGUGAAGAUGGAUGGUUGCUGUUAGCAUGCCUUUGUAAAUUAAGAAGUACUUAUGCUACUACUUUAAUCUGGUAUGAAAUA